AUGAAGCUGGACGCUUGUGUUCUCGCGGGGUUGGCUGCCAUCUGUCAAGCCGAACAGCUCUCAGUAAUCCCCAUCAAUGGUACGACAUGGCAUUCUCUUCCCAAGGCUUCUUCAAUUGGAGCCAUCCCUAUCGACGUGGUGACAGGCCACUCCCUCCUCAAACCCUCGCCAACCCGAACCCCAUCCAACUGCACAUGCACAAACGAGGACAUGAACAAGCCAGCCACCGACAACCGCCCGGCUGAAGUCCCUUACUGGGACUUCAAACAAAGCUGCACCGACAUCCACGGCGACGGACGCGAAGAAGCAGUCAUCUGGGCCUGCUGCGACACGACACACGGCUACGGCAUCCAGAACCGUUUUCGACUGGGUCAGUGUAUCGAGAACGCGCGCGGGAAACUGAUUCCACGCCAGAAUGGGGGAUUUUGGCGCACUUGUGAGGAUUGUGGGCUCAAGGAUCCGGAGAGACCGACGGUGUAUAGCUGCAAGUGCUGGCCUAUGCCUAGCCAUGGGGCGAAGCAUGAGCGUAACGACUUCAUCGGUAACGAUCAUGGCAAGUUGGUUUGCUUCGGCGUCGGAGAGCAGCGCUACUGGGGCAAUUGCACCAACAACUUUCCGUGGGACAACUAG